UUUCAAUUGGCCCGGGCUGAUGCAGAGUAUGAAGCUCUUAAAAUAUUGACCAGCUUGAAUGCAUUAAAAAGGUACUAAAGUAGUAUCGUUCUAAAGGGACCAAGAAUCAGUCGGCUUUGGCCUUUUCUAGGUACAGUAACUCUUGCUCUCACUACAACGCUCUGUGGUGAGCAGUGUUACCUUGUGGCUGGAAAACAAUCAUUAAUUCCAUGACAGAAGGCAAAUUGUAAUGUAGUUUCAUGGUUCUUUGUCAACACAUCGUUAUUUUCAAACCCUCCAUGUACCUAAUUAUUUCCAAUAUCCUACGGACAGUCUCUUUGAAAAGACUUGGCUGUCGCUAGUUUCUUAAAGAGGACAUAUCUGGGUACAAAUAUCUAAUUCGGCUACGUACUAUCGAGGCAAUCAAAAGCCACCAUUUCGUCGGAUAUUGAAUAUCAUUCUAUUCCCAUUAAACGAGCGUCAAAGAAAUGUUCCUCAUUCUGAUCAAUCUCAGCGCCCUGUUUCUCAAUUGCGGGGCAGUCAAGGUGUUUCGGAAUGUAUUGAACUUAACCGACCCAUCUCCCGUGGGAGGAGCAUCAUUGCGUGGUGCUUCGGUGGAAAUGGUUGAUAUUACCAUGUGCAUUCGGUUCAAUUUUCAAAUGCUGGGUUUCUAUGAAGGAAAGAGUCGAUUGAUUACCAUUGAGGAUUGGCGAGAAGACGUUGAAGAACCUUCGUUCAAGAUGCUUUGGUUUGGAGCCAACUAUCCCACUUCGUUCUUCGGUAUUGGUUAUCCAGAGAUGACAAGCUAUCUACUUCAAGAUCCAGGAUCCCAACGAUACGAAAUCUGGAUACCCAACAAAUGGACCCACGUGUGUUUGAGUUAUGAGAAAGCCAAUUCAUAUUUGAGGAUGGUCAAGGAUGGAGUGACUUUAAACAUCAACUUUGAGGAUACGAACUUAAAGAAUUUUACGAUCCCAUCAGAUUUUCUGAAUAAGACUCAUAUCGGAAGGUGCAGUUUUGAUUUUCAAGGAGGUUGUUCAAAUCCCGCUGGGCUAUUGUCCGAUUUCAAUAUAUGGAACAAGGCCUUAUCUGAGAAGGAUGCCCAGGAUUGGACCACUUGCCGAUCAUUUGCUAAAGGAAACGUGGUCAAUUGGGAAGAAAGCGAGUUCGAAUUGGAGAACAUGGUGGAGGAUGAGAUCAAAAUGGAGCAAUUGUGCAAACCAUUAAGGCCUGGCCACGUGUUCUUUCCUGACAAGCGAAACAUGACGAGUGCGUUGGAUAUUUGUAGAAAAAUGAGGGCACGCAUAUCGGUGGUAGCGAGCCGUCAAACUCAGGAUCUACUCAUCGAAGUUUACAGGGAGAGUCCUUACACAAUUUGGACGGGGCCUGGAUUUUGGGGUGGUUGGUGGGAUUUGUACAACGAAGGUACUUUUGAAAACAUCAAUACCAGGGAACCUUUGGAACCUGACGCCUUUCAACCUUGGUAUUUCGGAGAACCCAAUGGCAAUACCAUUGAGAAUUGCCAAACCGUUUGGCCAUACCGUGAUGCUUGGAACGAUUUGUCGUGUGAUGAUCGAACCGAAUUCUUUUGCGAAUUUGAACAAUCGCCGUACCUCCAAAUGAGAGGUUUAUGCUUUGGAUCAUUGUUUGACUCAAAAUUCAGCUGGAUCGGAUUGGUUGUGAAUGGGAGGCAUAGCUUCAAUGGUUUUACCAACACUCGACUAUUUUGGGACCCUCUUCUAUCAAAGUGGCAUCUAGAGUUGCUCACCGAUCCCAGUGUCUAUGCCACGACUAACACCACUGAAUAUCCUCUGGGUACAUUCCUGUGGGACUUUCAUGGUGACAAAUGCAAUGGGAUCUUCACUGAACAUUCCAAGGUGUCCAUUAACUUUAACGCUUGCAAUGGAAGCGAAUUCAAUUGCUUAGAUGGCAGUUGUGUAGGCAUUGGUUCGCGAUGCGAUGGACGGAUUGAUUGCGAGGAUAAGAGUGACGAGUUUGAUUGUGAGAUGAUCAUCAUCGACAAAUCAUAUAUCAAGGAUAUUCCCGCUCCACCCCAAGGGGAUUUGACUCUCACUCCGAUCAAUGCCAGCGUGGAAAUUCUUUCUAUUUUAAGUAUUGACGAAGUGGACUCCUACAUCACUCUUCAAUUCCAGUUGAAUUUGGAAUGGAUCGAUUCCCGAUUGACGUUCCAAAACUUGAAGGAGGAUUCGUUCUUGAAUACACUCAACUCUAUGGAUAAAAAAAAGAUCUGGAUCCCCGAGGUACUCUUCUUUAACACCGAGGAAAAGGAAGAGUCCAUCAAUGACGAAAAGUCGUAUAUUACCGUAGCUCGGCUGGGCCAUUUUCAAGAGAGCUCAUAUGAAUUGCUCCAAAAUACUCAUAUCUAUAAGGGAUCCGAGAAUGUUUUGAAAAUAUCCCGUGUCUACACCGUCAAGUUCCUGUGCGAGUUUGACAUGAAUAUCUAUCCAUUUGAUAGUCAACAAUGUCAAAUGCAAUUCAUCAUGAAAGGGAACUCUGGCAAUUUUGCUCGUCUCAGAAAGAGCGUCUUGAGCUACACAGGAAAAAUCGAUUUGACCCAAUAUUUCAUCAAAGGAUGGCAAAUCUAUGAAUCGGAAAUGGCACCAAAUCUCGACUCGGUCAUUGUGGAAAUUGCUUUGGGUCGCCGGAUUUUGAGUGAAAUCAUGACCACAUAUCUGCCCACCACUCUCAUCUGCAUAGUGGCGUUCAGUACUAACUACUUUAAAGCGUUCUUCUUCGAGGCCGUGGUCACGGUGAACUUGACCUCGUUGUUGGUUUUGACCACACUCUUCAUCAGUGUGUCCAACUCUCUUCCCAAGACGGCAUAUAUCAAGAUGAUAGAUCUUUGGCUCUUGUUCUGUUUGUUGAUUCCAUUCUUGGAAGUGAUCAUCCACACGUUUAUCGAUAGCUUGCGGCUGGAGGACGAUCGGGAAGUCAAUCAUCAUGGCAAGGCAACACCCAUCGACGGCGACAACAUGGAACCCAAGAAACUUUUUACCAAGCCAGAUUUGAACGUAAACUCGCGAGCUAAUCCCAUGCCAAUAAUCAUGGAGGUAUCGCAAUCUAAGAGGUCUAAGAAUUUGAUUGCUCGGGAUGAGCAGAGCGAGAUCAACGCCCGGAUGUCCUUUUACAAUAAUUUGGUGGGAGAUGAUGAAAAGAUACUCAAGAUCUGUGUGCAAUUGGCCAGAAAGGGAUUGCCUACCAUUUUUGUUUUGUUUGCCGUGGUUUAUUUCGCAAUUGGGUUUAUAAAACGAUCCAACACGACAUUCGAGACCAUUGAAAAUUAAAAAACCAAGCACUUAUUCUCGCUAUACUUGAACCAUCUAAUCACGCAACCUUUGAAGAAAAUAAAAAAUUGGAUCUGAAGCCUAA